AUGGAGCCAGUUCCCGAGACAGAGCGUAUGGAGGAGUUCCGUCCUACUCCUACACCUGCUCCGGCACCUGUAUCUGCCUCUGCUUCUGCUUCCACAUCUUUGUCUGCGUCACCCUCCGUCUCUCCAGGAUUUCCAUCGCUGCGACUUCAGAACCCCAACGCCUGUUCUAACCUCAGCAUCGAAUUGCCUCGAAAGCCGCCAAACCUGAGACGAAGCACCGACCCCAGUCCGACAUCGCCAGCUUCACCAUCUUGGUCUGCGACACCCUUCAUUCCGUAUCGACCACGCACCACUUCUCCGCUCUCAGGCGCUCAUUCUAGGUCUCGUUCUACAACGAGCCUUGCGCCCCCAAUGUCUCGUACUCAAUCCAUGCCAGGCGUCAAUGGAUCAGGCCAUAUUCUUUUUUCACCUCAGCGCCGCCCUGGAAGCCCCUCUGGAUCACCUAGCAGAGUCCGAAUUCCACGAAAGCCUGCCGAUGAAACUUUCCCGCCAAUCUCUCCAGUUCGAACUUCAGUUCUCGAACCUGAGCAAAGGCAUGAACGACGAAGUACCUCUCCCAUCAUGGGGGUUUCCACAAGCACUCCCGCCCGACUACGACGGCCAUCUUCACCUCUUCGAACCUUCACAUCUUCGAGCACUGGCUCUCUAGGUACAUUCCCAUCAACACCAUCCUCUUCAAUUUCCUCGACAUCCUCUUAUCGAAGCUACGAUGCCCUUUCUGGAAGCUAUGGCACAUCUUAUUCGUCGGUCCCCUCCACGCCAACAUCGACCAGGUCCCGAAGUCCUAGCAUCUCCAGCUUGGAAACCAUUCCUGACACGCCGGAUGCCGAAGAAGAAGCGCUGGAAGCUGAAAGAAUUGCCCAGCUCAAGGCCGACGCAGAUGCUGCCGAGGGAAAUGAAUCCUCCGACUUGAAAGGGAAGGAUGGGCAGACGCGAGGACGUACAAUGGGGUUCGGCUCUAGAGACAAGCGAAAGCGUUGGAGUGUGUGCGGUGCUGAGCGAAGAGGAGAUCUCGAUCUUGAGACCAUCUGGGAGGACUGA